CAACAAUUGAUAAUGAAUUCAGAUUUUCUGCUAUUUCUACACUACAGUAUAAUUUUUAUAUCGAUAAUUCGCGAAUUGUGAUGUCCUAACAACCUCUUUGUGAAAACAUUAGCCCUUUUUCGUAUACGAGUGUGUUGCUUCGGAUACAAGUUGAACGCGUUGAAAUGAUUUUCGACCAAAGUCCGGUGAAAUUUUACGUAAUUUUUCAAAUUUUUCUCAGCGUAACUUACACAAAUGGAUACAACUGCGAAACCCACACCUAUUUUCCAGGUUUUCGAGGCUUAACGGAACCCCCCAUCAACUACGAAGAAAACCUUAAAUGCUACCUGUUCUCAAAGCUUAAUCAACACACACGUCCUACAUGGGCCGAUACAAACGCCACCAAAAUCACUAUUCGCAGUUGGUAUGUGAAUUUGGAUACUUUAAACGGCAUCUUUGAAUUACGCGGAUUGAUAAAUAUGGAAUGGCUCGAUCAACGACUCACUUGGAAACCAAACAAAUACAAUGGCCAAUACUCUCUGAAUAUCACAGAUGAUCUAAUUUGGAUACCCAAAAUACAACUUAUUAAUAAUCCAGCUUUUGCCUAUGAAGAGUUCCUCGGUGCUGGAAAUACGACUGCGUUAAAUCAUGGAGUAAUAUCGCACUCUGCACCUUUCAAUAUACGAACCCGGUGUAAAAUCGGAGCAGAUGAGUCUCGAUUCUUGAAUACGCACAAUUGCCAGCUCAACUUCAGAAUGAACGUUAUACACUCAGAUUUCACAUUUUCAAAGCGUACUUACUCGGAUAUAACAUCACCAUGGACUAUCACAAAUACCCAAUACACAUAUCUCGAAGAAAAUGAUGAAACAGAAUCAGUGUCAGUGAACGUGACAUUAAAAAGGGACAUAUUGUCCACAUGCGUCAAAUUUGCAAGAAACAACACAGUUGAACAACUCAGAUGUCACUUGUUAACAAAUUAUAAUUCCUCUCAUGCUCCUAUACACGGUUAUCUUGACCUCUCGGAGUUCACAAUUCAUUAUGCUGACGUACAUGCCUCAGGAAUGUUUCAGUUAUUUGGAGAUUUGGAAGUGAAAUGGGAAGAUCCUCAAUUAACCUGGGAACCAAGCAAAUACGAUAAUAUUAAUUCUCUAGAUAUUAAGAAUGAUACUCGUCGAAUAUGGAAACCAGCAUUUGCAUCGAUGAACGACGUAUUUCCCAACAAGAAACCGUUACUAAGUUCUGGCCAUUUUACUACAGUAUCAAAUUACGGACUUGUUACACUUGUGGCGAGAGCUAUCAAUAUUCUAGCGACAUGUGACAUCAAAACAAAAAAUUUGCCAUGGGUAAAUCAAAAAUGUUACCUCGAAUAUAAAACUGACUUAUUCAAUAAACUCACUCCACCCAUAUUUCAAUAUGGACAUAAAUCUUCUGACAUGGAAUCACCAUGGACGGUCGAAAACCGAGAUAGCUGGAGGGAGUAUGAAUUCGAGAAUAACAAUUCUUACGCAGUAGGAGAACCCGUUGUAUUUUCCCGAAAGAUGAGUCAAUAUCAAUCCACACGAUGCAUCUUGUUUGCAAACACAUAUGAAGAACAACUUAAAUGCAAUUUAUUAUCAAACGUUAACUCUAGCAGACCUCCACAGCAAGCGUUUCUCUUAGGUCCAAGAGUAGAUAUGAUGGUGUCAUACGCGAAUUUGAAUAUUGAAAAAGGAAUAUUUCUAAUGAAAGCAAUACUAGUAAUGAAUUGGACAGAUGAACGAAUGGCCUGGAACCCAGAAAAAUUUGGAAACCAGUCGGUUUUAAACGUCGAGGAAGAAGCAGUGUGGAAACCAUGCUUCGUAUUGAACAGAAAGUGGUUUCAAGAUUCCCUAAGCAACAGUUCACACGAUGAAGGUCACUUUGUGAUACUAUCAGGGCCACGCGAGCACGAAAACUGGACCUGGACGUCGCAAGAGAAGCUAGACACAAGAUGUAACACUGGUGGGGGUUAUUUGAAAGCAUUUUCAAAUGGUAACAUGUCCUGGGCUCCACCAAUGGAUCUAUUUGCAAGAUGUUACAUGGCUUCCAAUAGUUGGCCAUGGAAUCCUCAAACGUGCCAAUUCAAUUUCACAUUCAAUACAGUAAAUCUGAAUUUGAAUUUAUCUCGAACCAUGUUACCUGGAGCCCUAUGGACCGUAACCAAUAUAGCAAGAAAACUUCCGUGUCAUAGCGUUUUCAAAUGCGCUUUUGAAAUCACCUUGGAAAAGAAAAGCGAUCCAUUACAGAUCGUAUUAAGAUUGUUAUUCACAGGUGUCAGUUUAGUAACGCUAUUGUCAUUUUUGAUAUCGCCUAUGAAUAGGAUUAAACUGGCUUCAAAAAUAUCAUCCUUGAUGCUUCUUGUAAUUUUUCUAGUAAUGUUGAUGAAUUCAAUUCCUCAUUUCAUCACAUAUGCUCGUAAUUUCUUGAUCGGAUACGUUGUGUUAUUAUUAAUGGUAGGAAUAUCCAGCGGUGCCACUGCCUACUAUGUCCGAUUGGCAAGAAAAUCAAUUUCAUAUAAUGCACUGCUGAACAUGAAAUUCUCAUGUCCCAAAGAAAAUGAAUACGAAAAUGACACAAUGAAAACAGAACUGAUAGAAGCCAUAAUGCCUGCGGAUGUCGAAUCGUCGAAUAAAUCCCAAAAUGAAUGGCUGAAAGUAGCAAUGAUCAUUGAAUAUUCGUCGUUUACGAUUUGUUUGAUUAUUGUUGUGCUUCUUACGAUAAGUUUAAUGAAUUGAAAUUACGUUUAAAUUUCGAGUCGAUUUUAUUGUCAUUAUUAAAGUACCAAUAUACCUUCCUAAUCAA